UUAUCUGUGUAGCAAAUAUUCCACUUUGAUGAAGACAGCGAAGGAAUUAUAAAGAAAAAUAUUUUGAAAAGUAUGGGGAAGUCUUGGAAGGAAACAAGGCUGAGGUUGUAUGACCGUUUUUAUGAGCCAACAUUCACGACUGAACAAAAUCUUGAGAAUCGACCGCCGGGAAUUGAUCGAGAGCAUUGGAGAUGGUACCUUGACUAUCGCGCCAAACCUGAGACGAAGGAGAAGUGCAAGAAAAACGCGGUCAAUCGAUCAAAACAACAAUAUACUCACACUGGCGGCUCGAAAAGUUUCGCACGGCGGAUGGAAGAAGAGUCGGAAGAACAAGGAAGGAUAGUCGGUAGAGGGGAGUUGUGGAUCAAGGUGCACAAGAAAAAGGAUGGCUCAUAUAUCAAUGAUGAAGCGAGAGCAAUUGGUGUAAGUACUACUCGUUAAUUGCAGCCUAUAUUUUUAAUAAUUUUUUUAAUUUAUAACGACUAAAAUAUUUGAGAACUAAUUUAAAAAAACAAGUGAACUUUCAAAAACGAAUUUGACUAUUAACUCAAUCUUUUAUUCCAUGUCUGGCGGUAUCCAAUUAUUUACAUUACAUAUAUCUAAAGUAUUAAGGAUAUGAAUAAGUGCAGACAAUAGUUAGUUGGGCACACGUGCUUAUUAUUACCAUGCAUUACAUCCAUGUCAGGUUGAAAUUAAAUAUCUUCGAAGCAAAAAUAUUUGUGUGUGAUUUAUUAACGGGUGUACUUAUAGUAUAUUUAUAAUUAAGGUGAUCUCUUUAAAUUUCAAUAUUGAGAGUCGAUGUGUUUGACUGGGUGUGCGAGGAGUUUUGGUGGAUGACACGGGAGUCUACCACCAUAUAUGAGUCUAGUCUUUAGUUAAUUAGUAGUCUUGCUUGAACAAAUAAAAUAAUAAUUUAACUGACUAUAUUAUCUUAAUCUACUAGAAUUUUUAUUACUAUAGCCACUUUUUAUUUUUCUACGUAGAACCUACGGAAACCACUGGUGCUUCUCUGAUCCACUAUCAUUAGCUUUACGUUGCAUUUCAUUU